AUGAUAUAUUUUUAUUUUGUUAUUAUAAUAAUUGUACAAUUAAGGUUUUACAGAGAAUAUAAAUUUAAGUAUUCUUAUAACACAGUAUUAUUGACAGAGAGAAUUAAAAGAGGUAAAGAAGCUUUUGAUGAAAUAUUGAAAGCAAAAAGAAAAGCAGAAGAAGAAUAUAAAAAAAAAACUAGAAACAGUCAAAAUGAAAAUAUUGAAGAAAAUAUAUAUGUAAAAGAAAUAAAAUGUUAUGAAUAUGUUUUAGAACAAUUAAAUAACUUAAAUAUGUAUAAUUGUAAUGAAAUAAAUGAGAAUAAUAAAUCAUUAUUAGCUUUAGCAAAAACAAGAUGUAUUUUCGUUAAAUCAAUAAGAAACUUCCCUGAUGAAAAUUCAGGUUGUGUAUUAAAUACAAAAAAAUUAAGUAAAUUACAAAUAUAUUUAUAUAAUCAUAAUUUAUUUGAUGAAUUUCAAAACGAAAACUUUCCUAAAUCAUUAAGUUUAGAUGAAUUAAAAAAGAUAGAAAAAAUAAAAAAUCCAUGCGAAACUUUUGAUGAUAUUAAUAACUCUCACUUAAUAAAUGAUAGGCCAUUUUUAACUGAGGAUAACCAUCAUAUAUAUAAUAAAAACAAUAUGCCAAAAGAACAUAUACUACAUGAAGAUAUGGAAUUAAAAAAAAAAUUAUGUGAAAAUUUAAAAUAUAAAAUUAUAACUAAUUGUACUGGAAAUAAUAAUAUGUCUGAUGUUGCAUUUCAAAUAUAUCAUUCGGAAUUAAAUCAUAUUGAUGAUAUAUGUUUUUAUAUACAAUCAACAGAAUGGAAUAAGAGAACAGAAGAAAAUAUUAAUAAACUUGCAGAAACUUCUUUGUAUAUAACAAGACAGAUGACAACAAAUUUAGAAAAUAUGAAGUUAAUAGAAAAUGCACAAGUAAAACAAAUAGAAAAUACAAAUAGGUUUGAUAUUUUCUUAAAGGGGCUUAAAAAUGAUUUUGGUGAAAUUAUACAAAUUUUAUUAAAAAUAAAAAAGCAUCAUGAAUCUAUGACCAAAUUUUUAAGGGGAUUUAAAAUUAUUGUGAUUUAUUUAUUGAUAAUAUUAUUAGUCCUUUUCAUAACCUCACGAAACUAUGCAUACAAUAGUAGAAAAAAAAUAAUUACUUGUGUUAUAUUUUGUUACUUAACAGAAUGGAUAUUUAAAAAAAUAAUUACACUUAUUAAAAGAUACAUACUGUUAAACAUUAGCCAAUAUAUAGUUAAUUAUUCAAUCAAGGGAAUAAGAUAUGCUUUUGUAAUAGUUUGUGUAAAAAUAUUAAUAAGAACCAUUAUAUCUUAUAAAGAACCCGUAAAAGUAAUAGAAGAACAACUAAAUGAUAUAAAAAAAAUUGUUGAAAAAAAUCAACAAAAUAAAAACAGUUUUAAAGAAAUAAAAACAGAAGGUGAUUUUAAGGACAAAUUAGAUCAAGAAACAAUUAAUAUAUUGAAUUUAUGGUCAAAUUACAAUGAUUAUCUUGAUUCAUUAUAUUCUAAUGAUUCAGAUUUUAAUACAAAUUUAUGCAGUGAUAGCGAAUUUAGCAGUUCAGAAACUUCUUUUGUCAGUGAGCAUUUAGUAUUAAAAGAAAUAGAUGAAGUAAAUGAUGAUCCAAUUGGAAAGAGAAUAAAAAAGUUACAUAGAAAAAAUAGACCAAUAUUUUUUCAUUAUUUUCCAUCACCAAAAAAUGUUAAAGCAUAUACAGAAAAUCCUAUUUCUUUUACCAAUAUGGUAGAGUAUAAUCAUAAUGAAGUAAUGAGAAUGCGAGAAAAUAGAAUUAAAAAUUUUAGCAAUAAUAAUAGCAAUGAAACCAUAAUUCUAGAAAAUGAUGACUCGAAUCUAACAUAUAAUUUGUAUGAUUCAAAUGAACAUGAUGUAAAAAUAAAUAAAUUCUAUUCUUUAGAUAGUCUUAAAAAUUGA